AUGCAGAAGCAGAGUAUGCUUCAUUCCGAGCGCCUAAUAUUUGGCUUGAAAUGUGACGGUUCAAUAAAAGCUAGUGCAUCUCCUAGUCCUAGAUGGAUAUGGCGCAGCAGUGGAGUCAGCUUGUCGUUUCUAAGAGCUAAAGCUUCAUCAAUGAGCAUAAACAUGGCACAUAAACCCUUCACGGGGAUAGCAAAAUGCGUAGUUGAAGCGGAUGAAAAUGAAGAUCUAUGUCCUGUGGAGUGUGUCACUGAGUUCAAGACAGAUGAUGAAUUACUUAGGGUCCUUGAAAAAGCCAAAGAAACUAAUUCUUUGGUUGUGGUUGAUUUCUAUCGUCCUUCAUGUGGGAGUUGUAAAUACAUAGAGCAAGGCUUCUCUAAGCUGUGCAAACAAUCUGGUGACCAAGAAGCUCCUGUUAUCUUCCUUAAGCAUAAUGUGAUAGAUGAAUAUGAUGAACAAUCUGAAGUCGCUGAAAGGUUACGUAUCAAGUCGGUUCCUCUCUUCCACUUUUACAAAAAUGGAGUUCUAUUAGAAGCAUUUGCAACUAGAGACAAGGAGAGGAUUGACGCUGCUAUUCUCAAAUAUACGUCCUCCGAAUCUUCAACUACACUGGAUUAA